UGACAUUGCUUAAUACUGAACACAAUCAUCAAAUUGAUAUUGAAACUACAAAGUUCGCUACGGCUUACAAAAGUUUUUCUCAGGAAAUUAUGGAACAAAUCAAAUAUUAUGUUAUACAUGGUCGAUGCGAUGCAACAAUGAUUAGGAAUCUUCUUCAACCCAAGUAUCCAGAUCGUAUCUUUCUUACUCAAGAUCUUGGGAAUGCCAUUCAAAAGAUAAAAAGAGAACAUCGAAUAAACUUAGGUGAUACGGCAUCUUUAUUAACAAAACUGUUAGAGUUCCAAGCUAAUGAUUCACGGUGGUUUGUAAAGCCAUUAAUCGAUGAUACAAGUAGCACACUUUAUCAAGAUUUUCUCAAAGAUUUUAAAAACAUUCAGCGUUCUUAUUGUGAAGAUGUAUUUGAGAAAAGAAUUGAAGGGUUAUUUGAAAAAUAUAGACCAGGAGAAAGAUAUAUAACAAUGUUGUUAGAUCGGAAACAUAUGUGGGUAAAAUGUUUUACAUCUCGAUGUUUCACAGCAGGAACACAAUCUACUCAACGUGUAGAAUCAGAAAAUGCAUUAAUUCAAAAGGUUAUACAAUCAAGUUAUUCUCUCUUGGAAGUUCAGGAAGCUUUAGAAAAUCGACUUGAAUUUGAGUCGAUUAAUAAUCGUUACUCAAUUUGGAAAACAUCAACAAUUCAAUAUACACAACCAUACAUUAUACAAACAUUUUUUACUGGUAUCGAUUAUAUAAUUAAAAAAUACCUGACUCAGCCAAUUUGUGAUGCACAUUAUAAACAAAUGUGUCAAUCU